CCCGCGCGUAAUGGUAGAGAGAAGGAUGAACUCUCUGGCCAAAUGGGCGCUCGUCGUCUUCGUCCUCGUCUCCAUCGUCCUCAACAUCGUCCUCAUCAGCAUCCACUCCAGCAGGGCGCCCAAAUGCUCAGCCCGGCGCCUCCACCCUCUGAGGGGCAAACACGACGAGCGCAGCCUGGCGUUCGCCGACCUCUCCCGGGAGGAGUACCUGCAGGUCCAGCAGUACCUGCUCAAACAGAAAGAACUGGACAUAUCCACCAACCAGAUCACCCAGCCGUCGGAUAAUUUCUUGUUCUUAAUGGAGCUGUCCCUGCCCAAGAAGGCGGACGCGUUGGCUUACUUGGAUGGGAACGGAAAGAACCCGAUCAGAGAGGCGACGGCGGUGGUCUUCCACGGCAAACUCGGCUGCAUCAGGGAGUACGUCGUGGGGCCCCUUCCCAACCCAAAAUACCACAAGGAUGUCACCAUGGAGAGGUACAAGACGGAUCUCCCCAUCACUGCGCGCACGGUCACCAUCGGGGAAUACGCCUUGCUUUUCAAGCUUCUGGAGGAGGUGUACUCGAAGCUGGAGAAGCUGAUGAAAGAGAGCUUCCACGUGGGUCUGGACAAGAACCUGAACGCGUUCGAGCAGAUGCCCCGCGGACUCCGAUCUGGGGAAAGAAAGACCUGGAUCUCUUUGUUCAGGGACGUUCAAGGCAUGUACAUCCACCCGGUGGGCUUCGAGGUGCAGGUGAACCACCGGAGCCUGAACGCGUCCGACUGGAGAGUGGAGCGGCUGCUUUAUAACGGCCAAUACUUCAACACCGUGGAGGAACUUCGACAGAAAUACGACGAGGGGUCUGUUAAGAAAAUAGUUUACAAGGAGUCGCCGGACUACGGGUCGCUGAAACCGAGGAAGAAGCCUCUGCAGAUCGGCCCGCAGCUGUUUUACGCAGAGGGGAAGCGCUACAGCAUCAGCAACAACCACGUCCUGUACCUGGACUGGAGCUUCGCCUUCGGGCUCAGCUCUCUCACGGGCAUGCGGGUGUUCGACGUGCGUUUCAAAGGCGAGAGGAUCAUCUACGAGCUGAGCGUGCAGGAGGCCAUGUCGGUGUACGGCUCGGUGACUCCCGGGAUGAUCCUGACCAAGUUUCUGGACUCGAGCAUCGGGAUAGGUCGCUUUGCGCACGAACUGGUCCGCGGCGUGGAUUGCCCCUACGAGGCCGCCUACGUGGACACGUACCGCUACAUCGACGUCCCGGCCCCGGUCAGGUUCAGGAACUCGAUCUGCGUGUUUGAGCACAACAUGGGUCAGCCCCUGCGGAGGCACUUUUCGGACUUUUUCCACAACAGCUACGGGGGGAUGGUGAACAGCGCCCUGGUUUUCAGGACGAUUACGGCCAUUGGGAACUAUGACUACAUGUGGGAUUUCAUCUUCUACCAGAGUGGAUCCGUGGAGGCCAAGGUGCACGCUACCGGCUACAUCUCCUCUUCCUACCUGGUGGACGGCAGCCUGAGAUACGGGCACCAGGUGGCGGAGAACGUGCUGGGGAACAUCCACACCCACUUUAUCAACUUCAAGGUGGACCUGGAUGUGCUGGGUGUGAAGAAUUAUUUCCAGACGAAAGACAUGGAAUAUGUCAAUGUGUCGCUGCCAUGGAAGCCCGAUCACUACGCUAUGGUCCCUCAGCUGGUGGAGAAGCAACUCACAACAGAACAGGAGGCAGCUCUGCGCUAUGACACCAAGACUCCUCGCUACCUCCACAUCGCCAGCAACAAGACCAACUGCUGGGGCCACCAGCGCUCCUACAGGCUGCAGGUGUUCAGCUUCACCGGGGACCACCUCCCAGAAAGCGAGCCCGAGGAGAGGGCCAUGUCCUGGGCCAGGUAUAAGGUUGCCAUUACCAAGCAUAAGGACUUAGAGCAGACCAGCAGCAGCCUGUACAGUCAAAACAACAUCUGGUCUCCAGCCGUGGACUUCAGCAAGUACAUUAAAGACAACGAAAGCAUCGAGGAUGAGGACCUGGUUGCCUGGGUGACCACUGGCUUCCUCCACAUCCCUCACUCCGAGGACAUCCCAAACACGGUAACUGUGGGAAACGGGGGCGGGGUCCUGCUGCGACCCCACAACUACUUUGACGAGGACCCGUCCAUCCACUCUGCUGAUGGGGUGUACAUUGCCCCGGGCAGCGAGGACAACUGUGACAGCAAUAGGAUGGCCUGCCUUGCUCAAGAGACCUGCAGCCCCGUCCUUGAACCCUUCACCUACCACGGCUAUGAAGGAGUCAUGAAGUUUGAGGAUUGAGUCUGAUUUUGUUGUGCACUGCUAGGUGUUAGCCCUUAUCAACUCAGAGAUGUGCUUGGGUUUAUUUGUUGAUCCAUCAGGAAGCUUGUGUCAAUGCUAAAAUGUUUAUAGAGGCUAUUUAGGACAGCACAUUAUUACUGCUACAUGUAUGAGAUGGUCAAGAAAUAGAGUGAAGGAAUUUUGCAACAUUUUGUAAUAUGUGCUUACUUGCUGAGGUUCUCAAAGUGCAUUGAGAAGAUCAAUACCACUAUCAUAAUUGUGCGUUAAAUACAGAGCUGGAGUUAGGACUUGGUUAGCCUAGCUAAGCAUAAAUUAUUGAAGCAGGGGGAAGCAGCUAGCAUUGUGCUUCUUGGAGGAGUUACAUACCAGAAAUAUUUCUUAAACAGCCAGGCAAAGCUUUCCAGAGUUUGUUUUUACUCUGAGCUUGCCAAGUUACCACAAAGACCAUAUCUGGCAGCCAACACUAGAUGAUUAAACUUUUUUUUUCAUGAAAACAGUGUGACUCCAAUAAAACCACAAAUUGUAAUUUUGGCAUUUCUGUUUAUUUACCUGUUAAAGAAACAAGUUACACUAUCUUAAUCAGACAGCUUUAUAGGUGCUGGAAAUGUUAUUCUUUACUUUGUAUGGAGCCAGGUAGGCAAGCCCUAUUUCCAGCUUUUAUGCUAAGCUAGGCUAAUCACUUCCUGAUUGCAGCUCCAUGCUUAACCAAAAGAGACUGGUAUCAAUCUUUUCUACUUUUGAUAAGAAAAGAAAUGCGUUUUCCAAAAUGCUGAACUCUUCUUUUAAAAUAGACCUGUUAUUAGCCUAUAUGACCACAACAAGCUAUAGUGAAGAAAAUAACUUCAUCACUCAGAAUAGUCCUCCAAAAAACAUAGUUAUAUUUGAGAAAUUCAGCAUUACGUUCAAUCACUAUGUUUGAGUAGUGCAGUAAAUAAUCUUUACUAUCAGCAGUCUAGGACCAUAGUGAUAAGAAGUGUCAUACUACCUUGACCGAUGAUAUUUCUUUACCUUUACAAAUUACCUUUAAUUUACCUGCGAUUAGGUCACUAUCGCUUUUCAACUUGGAACACUGAAAAGUCACCCUCAUUCAUAAGGCUUCUAUUAUUACAUGUUUUUCUAAUUGUCAGCAAAUUCCAUUAGAAGUACGACCCUCGAUAUGUUCUCCAUAUCCUCAACCCCAAGCCCAUCGGUUCCUACUCUAAACACAAAACUUCUGAAACAAUAAAGGGUCAGACGUUUCCUAAAACAGCUGGUCAAUGCAGUUUCUAACUUUACUCAAAUAAGAGAUACUGUUGCAUUUGUUUUCACUUGGGUACUACUUUUUGUGGCAGAUUAAUUCACAUUGUAGUAAUCUAAUAUUAGUUAGAGUAUUUUUGGCAGCAGCACAGUGUAUGUGUGAUUAAUUCAACACAAACUUCAGUGUGUGUUCAGGGUAUUGAAGGAACUUGUCACACAGUGUGACUCAUUGGUGUUAUUUUAAUAAAUUGAGCUCUGUGGCCACAGAUGAAGAAGAUAUAUAAGACUUGGUAUACAGAAACACAACUUUUUUUCAGUAAGACCAGUUCAUUGUUUGUUUUGAUCUGGAUCUUGGAUUUGUCGACAAAAAUAAAUUAUAAAAUAUCACCAGACUUACCCUUUAACUGAACAAAAUAUAUCCCAUCAAUGCUGUAAAGUGUUAAGCUAAUCACAUGCAGCAACUGUUCAAUACGUGGUAAAUAUAAUUCAAGAUAUAAUUCUGUAAACAAAAUAAGGAUUAGAUUAUUGACCUCUAGGGAUGGUAAUAUCAGUCAGUCAAUCUACCUCUUUGGUCCAGGCUUAAUAUCUGAACAUUUUAGACGGAUUGAUGCAACAUUUUGUACAGGCAUUUAGGGUUCUCAGAGGAUGUGUCAUAAUCAUUUUAAUGAUCCUCUGACUUUUCAUCUAGUGUCAUCAUCAGAUCAAAAUUGUAUUUUGUCAUAUACUUUUUUAAGGUGGCGCUAUGGGGUUGGCAAUGUCAGUGUGUCUGGCGUCGCCAAGACGUUUUGGUUCAUAGAUUGUUGUCCCCAAAGGACGUUUUUUGAUCCCCUGACUUUUCCUCUUUGGUUUAUGACCAAAUAUCUGCAUGACUAAUGGCAUAUCUAUCAGCUGUACCUUAUGUUAAGUGCUAAUUAGCAAAUGUCUUCAUACUAAUUAGCUUAACUAAGAUGGUGAAAAUAGUAAACAUUAUACCUGCUUAGUAUUAGCAUUGUCAAUGUGAGCUUGUUUGCAUACUGAUCCACUGUGCAGCUUCAAGGAGCUACUAGCAUUCCUGUAGACUCUUAGUUUUGCUGUGCCUUUUAUUGUAUUAUCAUCAAAGUUAGCAAUCCAUACUGAUUUUGUCUGCUUUCUUAUUUUCUUCUUUUUACUUUAGUCAUUGCAUCAGUUAAAUUGAAGAGGUGAAUUUAUCAUUAGGGGAAAAAAACAGGUUAACAGGUAUAUGUGUUUGGUCAAUAUGUACCCAAAUGGCGACGCAAUUCUUUGUUCUUUUAAUCUGUGUUUCUUACUUAUGAACCACUGUGAUAUAAACUGUGACAUAAACAUUGUAAACUGACACUGUACAGCAGUGGUGGCUGGAGACUCCAAAAAUUGGGGAGGGCAGGAGGGAAACAAACUAUGUCAUGUAGUAUUAAAGUAUUAAAGCAUUAUCCAGUUUCUUAAAAUGUAAUUACACUGAUAAUCAUUGGAUUUAUUAUAAAGUGUUACCGAAAAUCCAGAGAAACAAUUUAUGGACUUUAGCACUUUGCUACAA